CAUUACAUUAUUGCAACAACAGAGUGAGUGAGAGAAGACUAGAGGGUGAGUGAGAGAGACCAUCCUGGUGUGUGUGCGGCGAGGCUGUCAUGCCCUGCACGUCCCACCACACAGGGCAUGGAUGGCUACACGUGAUCCUACACACACUCCACCACACAUCUGCCCCCUGUCAGUGAAGGAAAUCGUGGAUACAUGAAUAUUAGACUCCCUUUUGGUCUUGUCUCCAACUCGUGGUGUGAGAGAAACACGACCAAACACGUGUGGUAUUGACACCUCCUGGGCCUUUCAAUAAGUGCUUGGAGCCUAAAUAUACUGUGGUAAGGAGUCCAGGGUCGCCAGUGUGGUUGGUGUGCUAGUGGAAAGCGUGGAGUCUCUUGUCACUUGGCUAGUCUGAAGGUCUCUCCGGACUGCUAGGGAGAGAGGACAGUGUCAUGAGUGUCACGUCCAGUUGGUUGUGACCGAUACCACGGACUCUUCUUCUCCUCCUCCUCCUCCUCCUCUUCCUCCUCCUCCUCGGACUGACUGUGAGAGAACACCUUCAGCUACCCGGCGCUGUACGGGAUGGGGGAGCCGGAGAGUGGGGUGGGGUGGGGCGGGGCGGAGGGGAGGGGGUCGCUGGACGCACCCGCAAACGUAUCCUGGACCCGCUGGAGGCCCACGAGGAUGACUCCACUGCCCGGCGACUUGGGGUCUUCACCGACUGGCAGGAAACCAUCAAGGGCAUUGGCGUUCCUAAUAAGAAAGGUAACAUGAGCAUGGAUGGGGGCCACCAGCGCCCCUGGGAGUCGGAGGAUAUAGACCAGGGCCUUGCUGCUGACCUGGAUGACUCCCUGUCUGGCCUGGGGGUGGACAUCAGCACAGCAUCAUAUAACAUGAGUGAGGCCCUGCUGGCACUGCCCUCAGUCUCACAAUUCAAGGAGGAAGGAAACUCGCCCAGCCAGGAUAAGCAGAGUGUCACCUCCUCCACCCCAACCACCUUUGACGAGUCCUCGCAGACCAACACAACUGACCGGCUCUUUAAACUCCUCAGCAGCGACAGCAUCCCAGAGUGUUCCCCACCAAGCAUCCACCAACUCCUGCAGCACCUGGGGCCCAAUGCCAGCCACGGCCAGGGUACCUCCUCCGCCUCCACCAUCACCACCCAUCAUGUGGGGGGCGUGUCGGUCAGCACUGGCCUGGAGGGUGUGCAUGAUGGGGUCUCCCUAUCAUCACAAACCAUGGGCUAUGAGGACAACAGGUUUCAGUACAUCCUGGGGGCAGCCACCUCUGUAGCCACCAAAGUCAGUGAGGAGAGCUUGUCCUACCUCAACCAGGGUCAGCCCUAUGAAGUUAAAGUCAAGAAGCUUGGGGAUCUCACUAGCUGUAGAGGGAAACUGUACCAUAGUGUUGUGCGGGUGUGUUUCCAUGAGAGGCGGCUACAGUACAUGGAGCGACAGCAGCUGGACAGUUGGCGUCAGAUGAGGCCUGGAGAACGGAUCUUGGAGGUGGACAUUCCUCUGUCGUAUGGGAUCUUUGAUGUGAAGCAAGACGCCUCCUCUCUUAACACCUGUGAGUUUGACUGGGACCCCACAAAGGAGGUUGGGGUCUACAUCAAGGUCAAUUGUAUUAGCACAGAAUUUACUCCAAAGAAGCAUGGAGGAGAGAAAGGCGUGCCCUUCCGUAUCCAGAUUGAGACGUACACACAGACCAGUUCUGGCAUGGAACGACUCUACGUGUGUGCUUGUCAAAUCAAAGUGUUCAAGCUGAAAGGAGCAGACCGCAAACACAAGCAGGACAGGGAGAAAAUCAUGAAGCGGUCUCCCUCAGAGCAGGAGAAGUACCAGCCCUCGUGCGAGUGCACCAUCCUGACAGAGCUGUCCCCAGAGGCAGUGUAUACCCCAGUACCUGAGUCCUCAUCUCCAGUCAUGGCUGCCACCUCAGGGGUCAUGAAUCUCUCUGUCCAGGGCAACAGUCCUCCCAUAGACAUGAAGAGUGAAGCAUCAUUUUCAGAGCCACCAAAAUGUGUGGAAAAUGGCCAGCAUCACCAGGCACUCCCUGAGGGAGAAGAGGAUCCAUGCUUGUUCUACAGCAUGCCGUUACACACGGGAAGCACCACGGCCCACACCAUGGCCUGGCUGAUGGCUAACCGCUUCAACAAGUACAGCAAGAUGUUCGCUAACUUCACCGGCACUGACAUUCUGCGGCUGUCGCGUUCUGAUCUCAUAGAGAUGUGUGGCAUUGCUGAUGGGCUGAGACUUUUCUAUGCCCUCCAUGCCAAGAAGGUGGCACCGCGCCUCACAGUGUACGUGUGCAUGGAACAUGAGCAGCUGUAUCAUGCUGUCUACUUGGAGACCCUCAGCUGCCAGGAGUUCACUCACAAGUUGUGUGCUCUCCUCCAAAUCUCAUUUGACCGAAUCCAUGAUGUGUAUCUCCAGGGCCCUUCUGGUAUCCACAUUCUGGUGACUGAUGAGGUGGUGCAGAACAUGGCCGAGGAGUCCACACUCUCCAUUGAGGUACUGCAGGACAGUGCCCGGGAAAGGUUCCGUCUACUUAUCCGCCCCCUCAACACUAGGACCACUACCACUGCCACUUCUCCAGGACCUCACCAGUCAUAGUACAGGCCCCUUCACCCCUUUCCAUUCCCAUCCUCUUCCCCAUGUCGAAAGUCACGGGCCACAUCAACAUCCCCCGUGAAAAGUCCCGUUCCAUCCCCAUCUGUUAAAAAUCCUGCCUCUCCAUCUCUCCCUGUGUAAAGCCUCAUCUGUCUUCAUCUAUUUUUAAAGUUAGUGAUUAUACUAAGGCAAAUGUAAGUAUACUGAGAAGCAAUUAUAUGAGCUGCUCAAACUGUACACUUGACACCCCCACUCCUCCAUCCCUUCCUUGUUUCUGUGCCAUUGGUGCAGACACAUGGCCUGUGUGUGUGUGUGUGUGCUGCGGUGCUCCUGGCUCACCUCAGCCCCUCCCCGCAGUCACUUGUGGGACCUGAUGUCUGUGCAUCAUGUUUGUUGUUUGUUGUUGUUGUUGAUGUUGUGUCACAGAGAGAGAAAGAGAGAGAAGAAGCAAGAAAAAAAGUAACCUCUAGGUUUAUUUUUACACACUAUUUGUUUUGUAUUUUUAUAGUGAAACUUGCUGAUUGUUCAUUGAUCAGCUUUCACUGAUUGGCAUAAAUAAGUACUGUUAGCUGGGCAUGGCAGCGAGGUGAAGUUGUACCAUAAUAUGAUAACAUGAGCAUCCAGAGGCUGGAAACAGUGACGUCAGAUAUCCUAGCUUGGCAAGAGGGCUGGUGUGUGUGAGGAGCAGUGACCACUAUAGAACCACCAGUCACUGUACAGCAAAUGAAGCAUAAUCAAUACUUUCCAUGAAGAUUCUCUCUCUGAGGAAGCAAAGAGUCUGAGCACAACUUGUAGCUUUGUGGUAAAGAAUUUAUAAGCCAUGUGGAGUGAAAUGCACAUAAUUUCUUUGAUAUGAAAACACCAAACUAGUAUGUAAUGGAUAUUUUGUCUUGUCUAUCCAUAAAAUUAAUCAGUGCUUAUAAAUCUAUUUAAAGUCCACACUAGCAAGUAUUUUCUGUGGCCUAGAGCUGUGUGCACAAGGUUCUUCCUCUCACUAGUUACUGAAGCUGUACCAACAUGCUCAAAGUGACUUGCUCUGUGGGGAAUUCACGUCAUUGUUCAUGUUAUCUCCCAAACACAAGCACAUCGCUUACAGAAAAGACGUUAUGUAUGUAAUUGAUAUUAUUCCUUACUAAUGUUACGUUAUAAUGUUCAUAAUAAUUGUCAUUAUAAUGUUUGUACUGAGUCCAGGUGACUUUCACAUUUUGGGUAGUGAAGAAAGCGUACAAAUAUGUGUAAUUUGGGAGUCAGGUUACUGUUGUAAUUAUUUUUGCAAUGACUGACUAAUGUAGUAGUUUAAUAUAUGCUGCUAUGUUAUUACAGGAUGAUCAAUACUCAUGUGAUACCACACCCGCUGAUGGUCACUACACAAACUUUAGAGACAAUAACUGACAGGGCCUCAUGCUGCCACAACACACCUCCACGAUGUUUUAUUUCUUCCUUCUGUGCUGCAAUCUGACUUUUUACCCCCUCUCACAUAGAUUGAAUGAGUGAAUGAGAGCUGCAGAGGUGAACUCCUUCCCUCAAACCUUGGUGCCUUACAAAAAGCAGACCUAUGAAACAAGCAUCAACCAUGUGGUGUGAAUGACUCAUUAUAAACUAUAUUCUGAAAUGUUUUGGUGUCUCAUUUUCACUAAUUUUAAGAUGCUCCUGUGAAGGCUACUAGAGCUUUUAAAGGUGUUUCACAAUUCUAGUAUAGUUUAAUAAGAAUUCUGUGUUUUCACAAUUCUAGUUAUAGUUUAAUAAGAAUUCUGCAUAAUCGGUGGGAAGAGAUCCAAGUAUCUUUGUAGCCUUUUUUUUUUAAAUACUCCCAAUGAAAGAGCAAAGCAUUUCAGAAUAUAUAUGUGUGUGUGUGUGUGUGUGUGUGUGUGUGUGUGUGUGUGUGUGUGUGUGUGUGUGUGUGUGUGUGUGUGUGUGUGUGUGUGUGUACACUACAACACUGAUAUUGGUUAAUACUUGCCAUCAUCUUGCCAUGCAUAAAUGGGAGAACCUCUUAUUUAUAUUUUAUCUAAGAUUAGAUGCUAUACUGUAUUUUCUAAAAGUAUUGAAGGGUAGAGGUUAAUUGCUGAGGAGUGCUCAAGGAACCAGUACUGCACACAAACAAGCUAGCCUUGUCUUGACUGGAUUGGUGCUUCCCUCUGUCUCAACAUGCAACAUGUAAUGGAGGAGGAUUUUUCAGUGGCAUUAGACUUAGUUUGGAAAGACCCUUUGCCAUUACAGUGUUGAAAAAAAAUAGGGAAGGCUAUAACUGAACAACUCAGAGAUGUAGCUAGUUCCUGCAUGCCCAAAAAUGAAUAAUUCCUUACAGGAUUCUCCAGCAAUUAGAUGUGUCUGGUAUUGCAUGUUGGCAACCCUUAACCUGUUGGCUGCAGCAAGGAGUAGUUUGUGUUGUGAAAAGUUAAAGUUGAAUGUAACUGAACAGAUUCUUAUCAGUGAUGGCUAUUUAAUUACAAAUGGUUAAACCUGUAUAAAAUCAAUAUAAAUUUUAUCUAUAAGGAAUUUUUUUGUAAACAGUGCAAUCUUCAAAAUUAAAAACAAGAUAAUCA